AUGGCGACCAAUGGAAAGGACAAGGCCAUUACCGUCAAGCCAAUGGCCAGUGGCAAGUCUGAAGUCAAAUCAUGGAGGGGGGAGUUGGGUAGUACGAAGUCCCGUGGUCAUUUGAGUCGUAGUUUAUGUUUAUGUUUAGAUGACUUUGAAAUAGAUCGUGAGGUUGUUUGUGAGCUAUUAAGUCGAGAUUUAGUGCACGAGGCAUUCUGGUCAAUGAUGGCUAUGAUUGGGAAGCAUUCGGGACAGAGAAUAGUUGCUGAUGAUGACCUGUUUGUGUGUGUAGCUAAAUAUGACCAUAUGGUGUCUUGUCUGGAAAUGUUUAGUUUACUGAAACCGACACAUAUGGAACAUUAUUCUGAACCAACAUCGGCUCAUGAUGGUUGGCCUCGUGAGAUUAUUCGGAUGACCAACGGGGCGUAUAACAAAAGCAAGCGUUUACAAGCCUCAAUCCCUCAGCAGAGGGAGUGGACUAAAUUUUGCGAAUCAUAUCAGAAACGACAAUCUCAGGAAGGACGAACAUAUUAUGGACCUGAUUUUCUACAAUCAUCCGUUCAACCGGUAGUCUGUGUCGAUGAUCCAACUUUAUUUGCGUCUUAUGUACUGGAUCCCAAGGUCUCGGUUCAGAAAACACAAAUUUUAGCACAAUCCUGGAUCGAUCUUAAAUUUGAUGGUUUACUUUCUGUUACCGCACAAGUGGAUAUGACCAAGUUCUGGGUACCCAGCUUUAAAUUCCCAAUCCGAUUGGGACUCAAUGAAGCUGUAGAAGUCGUAAGAACUGGCAGAAUGGAACGAACAAGCUUAUAUAAAGUUGAUCUUCCUUGGCCCGUAACCAAUCGACAAGUCUACCUUCAUGGAUGGCUGGCCGAUGACCUUCAUAACCAGUCCGCUAUGAUCGUAUUCAGGGCAUUCGAACCCGAAAAUUACCCCUACCAUCCCUUACUGCAAACCCUUGAUCCCAAAUCCCUACAAAAAACAGAUGGAUUCACCGAUAUGUUCGUCGAAGGCUGCUGCCUUAUUAGCCAUAUUGACAUGUCCAAAAAUAAAGUUCUCGCCAGACUCUUCUGGAACAUUGACCUCAAAACGAGAAUACCCAAUAUACUCAUCUCAUUUGUCACCAAAACUUUCAUUCGCAUGGGGCUUAAUGCGUUAGCUCGCGCCUGCAAGGACGCCUCAGAAUGCAACGGCGAAUGGAAGGCAAUUCGAGACCGAGAUCCGUGGCUAUAUGAAUACAUUUCACGAAGACUCACUGAAGAACGAAAUAAUGCAGACAACGUGUCGCUAAUACCGGAUUCUACUUUCGGCACCGAUUCGCCGAGCAGAGUUUCGAAACGGAGCAGGUGGCGGCGGUUUAGAAAGAGCACUGUCAGCUCCAUCAAAACGUGA